CCAAUCUUCCAUUUCCACACACUCAAACAGUCUACUUAUCCACUCUCUCACCAACCUUUUUCCUCACACCAUUCAUAUAAUCUCACUUCAAUUUCACACCCAGAAAUUCGAAGAGAGAGAAACUCAACAUCAACAACAAUGGCGUCUGCAGCUUCUUCCUCUGCAAUUCUCUCUUCUAAUCCUAGGGUUUUCGCCGCUAAAUCUCAUGCUCCUAUGGCGGCUGCUUCCGUUUCUUCUCUCCCUAAACCUUUCUCUCAAACCCUAACUCUUUCUUCCACCUUCAAUGGCAAAUCCUUCCAACCUCCUCGCUCUUUGUCUUCUCGCCGCGCUCAAUCUUCCAGACGCAGCUUCGUCGUCCGCGCUUCUGCUGAGCUUCCCUUGGUUGGAAACAUUGCGCCAGACUUUGAGGCAGAGGCUGUUUUCGACCAAGAAUUCAUUAAUGUUAAACUUUCUGAUUACAGGGGAAAGAAAUAUGUAAUUUUGUUUUUCUAUCCUUUGGACUUUACAUUUGUUUGCCCUACUGAAAUCACUGCUUUCAGUGACCGUCAUGCAGAGUUUGAGAAGUUGAACACCGAAAUACUAGGUGUAUCCGUUGACAGUGUUAGCAGUGCCUUGCUGCCUAAUUUUGGAAUGUUGGGGGUCUUGAGGCUUUAUAUUGAAGCAAAUUUCUUAGAAAAUUCAUGGCAUAAGUUCUCACAUCUCGCAUGGGUCCAAACAGAUAGGAAGUCUGGUGGUUUGGGUGAUUUGAAUUAUCCCUUGGUUUCUGAUGUCACCAAGUCUAUCUCAAAGGCUUUCAAUGUUCUGAUCCCAGACCAGGGAAUUGCAUUGAGAGGAUUGUUCAUCAUUGACAAGGAAGGAGUCAUUCAACAUUCAACCAUCAACAACCUUGCUAUUGGUCGUAGUGUUGAUGAGACUCUGAGAACACUCCAGGCAUUGCAGUAUGUGCAAGAGAACCCUGAUGAAGUCUGCCCUGCAGGGUGGAAGCCUGGGGAGAAAUCAAUGAAGCCAGACCCCAAGCUUAGCAAGGAGUACUUUGCUGCCAUUUAAGGGACACGAUUGACUCUGCAUGACUGUCUCACAUAGGAAAUCCUGAAUUUUUGUUUUCUGUAUCAUGAUCUGUAAUCUUUUGCGAAAUUUGAGCUGAUUCUAGGGAAUAAAUGUCAACAGUUUAUCUAUGUAUCACUUUUAUAGCAGAUCCAAUUUUAAUGGUUUAAACUAUUGUCAUUGAGCUAUUUGGAUUGUGUGCUUGGUUGUAGCUAGCAGUACAACUGAAAAUUGUUUAUUAGAAGCAAUGCAAAUUGCUCAAUUUUGAGCAUCGUUUUUGUAUGCA